AUGGGACAGCACGCACACCAGGGUUCGGGUCGGCUUGGCAGCAUCUCCCAAUUCCUUAGAAACCUCACCUGAAAAUGAAGUCACUAGUUCCGCCCGGGCACUGAAUUCGGAGACCAAUCUAGCAAGUUUGGUGGUUCCCACUUCCCAGGCCUCGUCUUAUAGAAAUUGUUUUUUAAUAAGUUCAAACAAAUCCUACCUGUAAAUCUACCUUCUUGUUAAUUGGAGUCAAUCGGAGCCAAUGAUCAGUCGGUUGAAGGAAGAUCCGUCCCCGUUUGCAACGUUUCGGAUCGGUUGAAGCAACUCCAACUCGAUUGAAACGAAAAUGCAGAGCAAGGGAUCGAGCAGUCGGCUCUCCGGUACUACGUACACAUCUCGCAUUUCAACUCUCAUGCUCUCCAUGCUCGCCACCAUCGCCUCCUUCUACGUCGCCGGCCGUUUGUGGCAGGACGCAGAGAACCGGGUCUAUAUAAUCAAAGAGCUUGAUAGGAUAACUGGACAGGGGCAAUCUGCAGUAUCCGUGGAUGAUACAUUGAAAAUAAUAGCCUGCAGGGAACAACAGAAGAAAUUAUCAGCUCUUGAGAUGGAACUGGCUGCUGCCAGACCAGAGGGUUUCAAGUCGAACCACUUGGCUGUGACUAAUCAGCCACCUAAGAAAAGGCCUCUAGUGGUCAUAGGAGUACUCACAGGGUUUAGCCGCAAGACCAAUAGAGAUGCGAUCCGUAAAGCAUGGAUGGGAACUGGUUCGGCAUUGCAAAAGAUGGAAGAUCGAAAGGGCAUCAUUGUUCGAUUCGUCAUUGGAAGAAGCUCUAAUCGUGGGGACAGUCUGGAAAGGGCCAUUGACAGUGAAAAUAAGCAGACCAAUGACUUCAGUAUUCUUGAGAACCAUAUAGAGGCGCUUGAGGAGCUUCCAAAGAAGACAAAGAAUUUCUUUGCUCAAGCCUCAGAGAAAUGGGAUGCUGAGUUCUUUGCCAAAGUCAACGACGAUGUUUAUGUAAAUAUUGAUGCCCUGGGAAGUACACUUGCAGCUCAUUUGGACAAGCCUCGCACAUACAUUGGGUGUAUGAAAUCAGGAGAAGUUUUCUCUGAACAGAGCCACAAGUGGUAUGAACCAGAUUGGUGGAAAUUUGGGAAUAAAAAAUCGUACUUCCGUCAUGCUUCAGGCGAGAUGUUUGUCAUUUCCCAAGCAUUGGCUAAGUUUGUUUCAAUAAACAGAUCUAUUCUUCGUACUUAUGCCCAUGACGAUGUUAGUGUUGGUUCCUGGUUUAUUGGGCUUGAUGUUAAACAUGUUGAUGAGAAAACUUUUUGCUGCUCAUCCUCAUCUUGGUCAUCAGGAGCUGUCUGCGCAGGUGUAUGAUCACGCCAAAAAUCAUGAGAAGAAUAACUCGAACAACAAAUUCCAGACAUAUGUGAAGGAUGCUAGCUAUAACAUGAUUCUUUUGAGCAGACAUAAGCAUAAGCCGUAUCAACAAUUGAUUUUUAACUAGGAUGCCUGUCAAAUGGAGAGAAAAUGAAGCAAAUAAUCUAAUAGAGUUGACUACACAUCUUGUCAUCACAUGUAAAUGUUGUUGUUGACCACAAAUAUGUUUUAUAAUUGCCCAUUUGUUUGUUGGAAUCUUUUACAGCUAAUGUUUACCAGAGAGCAUCUGGAAAAAAAGAUUGUCUCA